ACUGUCGUCGGUUUACUACAAUGCUCUCGCCUGCGAAAAUUCGUAACAUAUAAAUAACUAUAUUUUCUACAUAUAUCUAUUUUGUUCUUCUCUUAAUAAAACUAAUUUCACGUUUAACUCUUUUAUAUAAGAAAAAUUUGGGUUGGAGUUUGUUCUACUUAAAUAAAUAGUGAAUUUCAGGUUUCUAAUUUUUUUUUUUUUGAUAUCUUUAUAUUAAUAUUUUUCUUUGAUUUUAUUUUCAUCAAUCAUCUUUGUUAAGGUUACAAUCGGUUCUUCAUAAUAUUGAAUUUGUUCGCAACAAUAAUCAUAUGAAUGCCAAAAAUUCAUUAUCUGUAAUUUUUACCUAAAUACAUUAGUAUAAAAUAUAAAAUAUUAUAUAAAUCUAAUAAUUAUAGCGAUUAUUUAUAAAACAACACUGAAUAUACGUAUAGGUACAUAAUACACGCACCUGCUGUUCUACUUCUAGAAUUCUGCUUUUAACUACGUUUAUUUCUGAGUUCAUGAUUCUGAAAAUUACAUAGAAUUUCAAAACUAACUGUUAAUUGAUACGUUUUUUUAAAUCUAAACCACUUUUCCUAACAUUUUUAUUGCAUUAGUUUUAUUUGAACGAUUAUCAAACUUAUCCAGAAUUGAUGAUAUAAAACAUUUAUUAUCCUUCAACAGAUUUUAUUACAAUAUCAUUCGAUAUAUUUUUAUAAUAUAAAAUAAUAAAUAAUAACAAAAUGAUUUAUUUGUAAAAACAAAUUUUAUUUCUUGAAAAACUGAAUAUUAUCAAUAUUUGUCUAAUUGUUCAUAUAACUCACUAAGACCCUUCUGUAUAUUACUUUCACAAAGAAACGCUGUAUAACUCGAAUUUUUAUAAUCAUUUAUCAUUAUUUGUUUUUCUUCUUCUAAUUUUGCUCUUGUCGUUUUCAAUCUCGCUUUCAGAAUCUUUAUAUUUAUAUCUCUCAAGUUUUUUCUGAAAGUGACUUUGAUUGCAUCCAUGCCGAGGUUGUUUUCGUUACGUUGUUGUAAUAUGGAGUUGAUUUUUUCCCAGAUAAGUGACGACUCCAUUUUUUUUUUUUUUUUUUUAGACAUUAUCUAAUUUACUAUAUAACUCAUUUAGCCCUUUUUGAAUAUUUUUCCCACAUAAAUAACUUAUAUAGAUUAAAUGUUUAUAUUCGUCUAUUAAAUUCUGUUUUUCUGCGAUCAGUCUUUUUCUGGUUUCUUUCAGCACCGCUUUUUGUAUUUUUAUUUUAAUAUUUUUAAUAUUACAAUGGAACAUUUUUUCAUCGAUAUCUUGAGCAUGAUAAUUUUCUUUCUGCUGUUUCAAUAUUUGCCUGAUUUGUUCGUGAAUUAGUGAUUUGGCUUCCAUUUUUUUUUCUUUUUUUUUUUUAAAAAAUUCUGGAAAAAUUAUAUAGAAUUUGUAAACUAUCUACUAGAUAAAAAAAAAUAAUGCAUAUUAAUGACAAUAAUUUAUUUCCAACAUAUUCCUACUUUUUUAUGUUUUUUAACUCUUUUAUAUUAAAAAUUUGUAUGUAUUAAUCAUAAUUUAUUAAUACUUAAGAACUACAGUUUUCCUUAGGGAUAUAAUUUUUGGUUAUCUCUGUUUUUACAACAUAUUUCCAAGUUAAGACUACUCUUUCAGCUAAUUUCCCUACGACUCCACCUCUGCUUCUUAAUUUGUUGACCACUAGACCAAUUCCAGUGGCUACUAAAUGUUCGAUAGUGAUAGGUAGUUUUGAAAGUUUGUAUAGACAUUCAUAUAUUUGAUCGUUGUCACCGGCCUCAACAGCUCUCACGAUUUUUCUAGCGUAGUGGUUAAUCACUCUGACUGACCUAUAUAUAUUAUAUAAAUGUUUCUUUAUUGAGGUUAGUUCAUAUAUAAAUGCUUAUAUUAUUUUAUGUAAGCACAAUAUAAUAUAAGCAUUUAUAUCAAAAUAAAAAUUAACCAUGGUGGCAGUCCAUGUAUAAACAAUAGUUGUCAAUGAUUAUAUUUAGUUUGCAGAAAUUAACGAAUAAUUUAAUAAUAACGUUAAAGAAAAACAAUAAAAUAUUAUAAACCAAAAAGAAAGAUUUACAUUAAAUAGCUAUAUGCAUAAAUAAAAACUUUAAAUAUAAUUACUAAUUAUUCAUAUAAAAUUUAAAAAAAAAAAUUUAACCUGAUCUAAACCUUUCACGUUUAGAUUUGGCUGUCGUAAUAAAAUCUUACCUUUUACCGAAACAAUGCUGUAGUGAUCCAUCACUAACGCUUAUAUUUUUGAGUUGUGACGACGUUGCUGUAUGUGGUAGGAUUUGUAUUGACAGAGGUUCAAGUCACAGGUUUCAACAAUAAGUUAUAAUAGUUUAUUUAAUAAGAUAAAGUAAUUUGUUACAAUAAAUGUUAUAAAAAUUUGUGGACAGCACGUUAAGUUACUGCCCGAGAACUAGUUAAAGCUACAUAAGAUUACUGGGAAUGUACUUAGUCUGGCGGCGAUGUAGAGUGCGCGGACUCUACGACCAGGUAAGUACUACAUGUAGGGCUAUGGGACUAAUUCUAAUUCUGCUAUGGAUGGAGACUCGUAUAUAUACCAAGUCUCCCUUAACGAUUAGGUACACUGUAUCGACUUAGGAGGUGGAUCGGAAGAGCUCCGGCGAAGGAGUAACGAGUACCGACGCAGGUGUGAAUGUUGUUGCCAAAUCCUUGAGUUGGAUAGGUACCGGAUUAUUUGUGAUUCUCAGAAUCUGGAGACUUGCAACAACAACCAGGCGUUAUACGAGGUUUAAUUUAUAGUGAAGUGACAAAUAGUUGAAUAAUAAAAAUAAUAGUAAACUGUCGUCGGUUUACUACAAUGCUCUCGCCUGCGAAAAUUCGUAACAUAUAAAUAACUAUAUUUUCUACAUAUAUCUAUUUUGUUCUUCUCUUAAUAAAACUAAUUUCACGUUUAACUCUUUUAUAUAAGAAAAAUUUGGGUUGGAGUUUGUUCUACUUAAAUAAAUAGUGAAUUUCAGGUUUCUAAUUUUUUUUUUUUUGAUAUCUUUAUAUUAAUAUUUUUCUUUGAUUUUAUUUUCAUCAAUCAUCUUUGUUAAGGUUACAAUCGGUUCUUCAUAAUAUUGAAUUUGUUCGCAACAAUAAUCAUAUGAAUGCCAAAAAUUCAUUAUCUGUAAUUUUUACCUAAAUACAUUAGUAUAAAAUAUAAAAUAUUAUAUAAAUCUAAUAAUUAUAGCGAUUAUUUAUAAAACAACACUGAAUAUACGUAUAGGUACAUAAUACACGCACCUGCUGUUCUACUUCUAGAAUUCUGCUUUUAACUACGUUUAUUUCUGAGUUCAUGAUUCUGAAAAUUACAUAGAAUUUCAAAACUAACUGUUAAUUGAUACGUUUUUUUAAAUCUAAACCACUUUUCCUAACAUUUUUAUUGCAUUAGUUUUAUUUGAACGAUUAUCAAACUUAUCCAGAAUUGAUGAUAUAAAACAUUUAUUAUCCUUCAACAGAUUUUAUUACAAUAUCAUUCGAUAUAUUUUUAUAAUAUAAAAUAAUAAAUAAUAACAAAAUGAUUUAUUUGUAAAAACAAAUUUUAUUUCUUGAAAAACUGAAUAUUAUCAAUAUUUGUCUAAUUGUUCAUAUAACUCACUAAGACCCUUCUGUAUAUUACUUUCACAAAGAAACGCUGUAUAACUCGAAUUUUUAUAAUCAUUUAUCAUUAUUUGUUUUUCUUCUUCUAAUUUUGCUCUUGUCGUUUUCAAUCUCGCUUUCAGAAUCUUUAUAUUUAUAUCUCUCAAGUUUUUUCUGAAAGUGACUUUGAUUGCAUCCAUGCCGAGGUUGUUUUCGUUACGUUGUUGUAAUAUGGAGUUGAUUUUUUCCCAGAUAAGUGACGACUCCAUUUUUUUUUUUUUUUUUUUAGACAUUAUCUAAUUUACUAUAUAACUCAUUUAGCCCUUUUUGAAUAUUUUUCUCACAUAAAUAACUUAUAUAGAUUAAAUGUUUAUAUUCGUCUAUUAAAUUCUGUUUUUCUGCGAUCAGUCUUUUUCUGGUUUCUUUCAGCACCGCUUUUUGUAUUUUUAUUUUAAUAUUUUUAAUAUUACAAUGGAACAUUUUUUCAUCGAUAUCUUGAGCAUGAUAAUUUUCUUUCUGCUGUUUCAAUAUUUGCCUGAUUUGUUCGUGAAUUAGUGAUUUGGCUUCCAUUUUUUUUUCAUUUUUUUUUUUAAAAAAUUCUGGAAAAAUUAUAUAGAAUUUGUAAACUAUCUACUAGAUAAAAAAAAAUAAUGCAUAUUAAUGACAAUAAUUUAUUUCCAACAUAUUCCUACUUUUUUAUGUUUUUUAACUCUUUUAUAUUAAAAAUUUGUAUGUAUUAAUCAUAAUUUAUUAAUACUUAAGUUUUUUCUGAAAGUGACUUUGAUUGCAUCCAUGCCGAGGUUGUUUUCGUUACGUUGUUGUAAUAUGGAGUUGAUUUUUUCCCAGAUAAGUGACGACUCCAUUUUUUUUUUUUUUUUUUUAGACAUUAUCUAAUUUACUAUAUAACUCAUUUAGCCCUUUUUGAAUAUUUUUCUCACAUAAAUAACUUAUAUAGAUUAAAUGUUUAUAUUCGUCUAUUAAAUUCUGUUUUUCUGCGAUCAGUCUUUUUCUGGUUUCUUUCAGCACCGCUUUUUGUAUUUUUAUUUUAAUAUUUUUAAUAUUACAAUGGAACAUUUUUUCAUCGAUAUCUUGAGCAUGAUAAUUUUCUUUCUGCUGUUUCAAUAUUUGCCUGAUUUGUUCGUGAAUUAGUGAUUUGGCUUCCAUUUUUUUUGCAUUUUUUUUUUUAAAAAAUUCUGGAAAAAUUAUAUAGAAUUUGUAAACUAUCUACUAGAUAAAAAAAAAUAAUGCAUAUUAAUGACAAUAAUUUAUUUCCAACAUAUUCCUACUUUUUUAUGUUUUUUAACUCUUUUAUAUUAAAAAUUUGUAUGUAUUAAUCAUAAUUUAUUAAUACUUAAGUUUUUUCUGAAAGUGACUUUGAUUGCAUCCAUGCCGAGGUUGUUUUCGUUACGUUGUUGUAAUAUGGAGUUGAUUUUUUCCCAGAUAAGUGACGACUCCAUUUUUUUUUUUUUUUUUUUUUUUUUCUAUUCUAGAAAAAUUGAAUAGAAAUAAAAUAAUGUACAGUAAUAAUAAUAAUUUAUUAUUUUAUUUUAUAUUUAACUCUUUUAUAUAAGAAAAAACUGUGUUAAUCAUAAUUUACUAACAUGUUUAACACUUAAAAGCUAUGGUUCUCCUUGGAAAAAUAAUAAUAUCUCUGUUUUUACAACAUAUUUCCAAUUAAGGACUACUCUUUCAGCUAAUUUCCCUACGACUCCGCCUCUACUUCUUAAUUUGUUGACCACUAGACCAAUUCCAGUGGCUUCUAAAAGUUCUAUAGUCAUCGGUAGUUUCGAAAGUUUGUAUACGCAUUCAUAUAAUUGUUCGUUGUUACAGGCCUCAUCAGCUCUUACGAUUUUUCUGGCGUAGUGAUUAAUCACUCUGACUGAAUGAAUGUAUACAUUCUAAUUUAUUUUAAAUCCUGUUUGUAAUAAUUUAAAUUCAUGUAAUGUAAUUUGCUGUUGUAUAUGAACAUGUUUCAGCACCCAUCUAAGGUAAGGUUAUUGUAGAAAUUUAUUCAAGGAGGGUAUUGACUAUGGUAAAAGGUGAAUGUCAUAAACAUUUGGCUGAGAUAGGUUAUGUUAGCGUCAAUUUAAAUGCAUGUAAUGCGAUUUUGCUGUUGUACCUGUAUGUUCAUGUUUUAGCAGUUUUCUAUAAUGUAAGGUUAUGGCACCAGGCCAUUGCUAUGGCCAUUUGUAUACUUAAUUAUUGAAGUAGUGGUAAAAAUCUGUGUAUAAAAGACAGAGGGAAUUCUCUAAUAUUCACCAGUCUUCAAGAUUUCAUCCCAGGACAAGAAGCUCAGUUCAACAGAAAUACUACCAAAAUAAAAUGUCGUAGCAAAUUACCAUAGCAAAUUGGAGGCCGGUCGUAACACCACUCAACGCUAUGGUUAUAAUUCUUGAAAUAAUAUUAAAUGACUGAUUAUAACAUAGUUUUUUUAAAAAAAAAAAAAAUAAAUAUUUAGUAACUAAAGUAUAUUGGAAGUGCGUCGUAACAUUACUCAACGCUUUGGGUAUAAUUCUUGGGACAUAGAAAAAAUAUAUAAUGAAAAAAAAACAGUAAAAAUAAUAUACUAUGUUUUAUGUUUCACAGAAUGAACAUUUUAGCAAAUCAAUUGAUAUGAGACCGUCCUUUUUAAAAACAAAACCUGGAACAAAACGUUCUGCAGAAAAAACAAGUGUUAAAAAACCUAUGAAAAAGAAGCAGAAUAAAAUGAAUGCAUCAUACAGAGAUAAUAUCGGCGAACGCUUGAGAUCAGAAGAUUUUGAUGUUGAAGUAUUUAAUUCGCUAACAUUCAGACAAGGAGAUGGCGUUGUGACAAUAAAGACGCCUUUUGAAGAAAAAGGAAAGGAUCUUUGGGUGCUAAGUCAUUAUAAGGUUACUAACAUCGAGAAUGUACCAGUAAAGGACAGAUGGAAGUUCAGUGAAGCUACUGUUAGAUUGUACACGACCGACGAAUAAAAAGAUCAAACACUUAAUACUGGUCUUAAUGAGACAAUGCAAAUUAUAUUUGAUAAAUUACUAACCGAUCCAAAGCGUCAAACUAUUAAAAGCAAGACGGUUGUUUGAUUAUUAUACGGAAAAAUGAGUUUCAUUUAAUAAAACAAAAUAUUAUUAUA